CCGUGCGAUCUCCAGGCCCUUUUAUAUUGCCUACUGAUCACGGAGGGGGAAAGAAUUUUGUCAGUCGUUAUCUGUUGUUUUGUCUUUUGAAAAGGAUGUUUAUGUCAGAGAUAUUGAUUCGGCGAAAGGACUUAAGGGGUUGAGAUGUGGGAAUAAGAUUUAUAGGAUGUUAUCUGGGUAGUUCUAAUGUUACUUAUGAUUACAUUGCUGAUUUGGCGGUAGAUUAUAUGCGUAACGCAAAGCGUGAGAAGCUCGAAGUAGCGAAAGUAUAUGAGUAUUACUUAAUAACUAACUCCAACGUUGGAUGACGUCACAUGACUAACUCCAACGUCGGACGACGUCACAUACACUUUCGUUCGUAGUGUCCCGAAUGUUUACUGUAUGCCGAUGGGUCUUUCCCUCUCCCUUUAGGGUCUUUAUUCCUGAUGGUGGGGAUGAUUUCUUCGCUUGUCGCUUAUUUUUCGUAUGAAAGGACGAAACAAAAGUCAUUUCUUGGCAGAACGCCGCAAUGUUAAGUACAUCUGCGACGUUUCUAUUUAUUUUUCCACUUAUUUCAUUUAAUCUUUAUUAAAGUAUUUUCCAUUGCCUAUUAAUUAAAUAAUCUCUUCCUAUUUUUUCAAAAAACAACGCAAGAAGUAAAACAUCAGGAGGAGAAAAUGCAAGCGCUCAGAGAAAAUGAUAAGAAUAUUCUUAUGCAUAUAUUUGUGGGAGGCCAAAAGCUACGCAACAGUUAUGUUGCGUAGAAUGGACGAGAAAUAUUGUAAAUUUAUAUUGCAUUUUUUAUGCAGAUGAAAUAAAAGAAAUAAUUCGACCACUACUGGCAUGGUGGCCGCAGGCCGGUGCCUGGUAGUCCAUGCGGGCGUGGUGGGUGCCGCCGCCACCAUCACCACCACCACAGGACAACCAAGGACAACCGCCGCUCCCGCCAUCACCCCGGCGACCAGCGCUGCCACCCCCGCCCCCGCGCACGGCACCGCAACCAGCACCUGCUAACACGAACAGGAGGCAACGUCGAAGAAUGUCGGCGAUGUUGUGGCAGGCGGCAGGCGGCAGGAUUGCAACCGCAGCAACAACAACACAACGGUGGCAAGGACAGGGUCGGGAAAGUGGACCAUUACACACAAAAUAUUUUACAAUAAAUAAUUAUAAAUAGU